AUGGGCCAAAAAAAGUCUUCUCUUGCUUGCGAGCGCUGCCGGCUAGGAAAACACAAAUGCGACUCAAAGUUGCCCGCCUGUAGUCGUUGCGAGAGACUUGGGGUGGAAUGUUUGGUGAGAUCUAACGAUCUCAAUAAACUUGUUCCCCGUGACUAUCUGAUUCAGCUAGAGACCAAAGUACUUCGCUACGAGAUCAUUUUGAAAAAACUCGGUGUUGAUCCC